AUUUUGCAGGACUUCUACAAUUCUCAGAAAGUAAAUCACUAUGAUACUUCUGUCUAGCAUAUUUUAUUCUGUUGUUACAACGAUUUUUUAAUGUUUUAUAUGCAGACCAGUCAGAUCCCUUGUUGGAUUUUCUCGCUUUACGGAGAAGCUGGUCUCGAGUGUUCAUGUCUUUCUUGAUGUCAUUUGGUAACCAAGGGCAACGUUUACCUUUCACCCGUUUUUCAAUGAUUGGAGCGUGUUUAUCUAACAUCGGAAAAAGAAUCUGUUUAAAGUAAAGCCAAGCCGCAUUAACAUUUGUGAUCAUAUACAAACGGGACCAGUCACGUGAUCGUAGGUCUUCCUGAAAAUCUUCGUGGUUGUCUUUCGCAUAAUUUCUGCAUUUGAUAGUGCGAUGUGGAAUUUUAUUAUGAUUAAUUUUUCUGACACAUAAAACACAAUCGUGAUCGCUCAAACUUAAUGGGAUGACGUCCGUAACUUUUACAUUUGAUCUUUUGUUGGUCAAUAUAACAUCGAUUAGCGUUUUGGUUUCAGCUGUAAUUCGUGUGGCUUUUUCAACUAUUUGAUAAAAUCCCUGAGACGUAAUUAUCUCUUUUAGUUCUUUAUGAGAAGAUUUAACGUUGUAAUUCGCGUUUAUGUCACCCAAGAGAAACGUUUCCAUGGAGAGAGUAUUCACUUUGAUUAACAUGUCCUUGAAAAACUUGUUAAAAUCUUUUGGUAAGUAGUUUGAUGAAUCAGGGGGUCGAUAUAUACACCCGCUAAGCAGAAAGGAUAGAUUCACACUUUUAUUUUCUCUGGCAUGACUCGGCCGUGGUUUGAACCCAAGACCUCCCGCACUGGAAGCAAGCGCUCUACCUCAAGGCUAUCAGUCAGUCGCUUCACACCUACGGUUGCUAUGCAAGUAUUUAAAUUCAAAAAAGAUUACAAAUCAAUAAUAAAAAGUGCAUUCCCUUGGUGCUGAAUUGUACCAAUUGUGUAAAUUUCACAUGUAUAUUUCCUUUCCGUUGUUCAUUAAUAUUCAUAUUGCUAUUUCCAUCGUUACGUGUCUCUCAUAAAACUUUUAAAAACUGUAAAUGGUUUGUUUAUUUGUUACUGAGAUAUAAAUUAAAGUUGAAUCAGAAGCUCAGGUCAACAUGAGUCUUCACAAUUGGUUCUUUUGCAAGCACACAAAAUUUUAAAACUUUUUUUUUGACAAGAAGGUUGUGAAGUGUACGAAGUAAAGGUAAUGUUUUCGUGUUUAAUUUUUUGGAUGAUUUUAAGUUUCGAAAAAACUGAUGCAUUAUCAAAUGUCAAAGUGAUAAACCUACCAAAUGGAGUUAACAUGACCGCGACAUAUGUAAGUUUCAAGAAACACGAAAAUGUCAUGAUAUACGGAAAUUCAUUCAAGGGUUUGCAUGUACAAAGCAAAGCUCAAUGCGCGUCAGAAUGUAUGGCAAAAAAUUGUAACAGUUUCGGUACAUUCAAGAAUAAACCGCCACCAUUGUACUGCUGGCUGUUUAAAGGAAAUCUUGACACAAAUCAUUAUUACGCCCAUGGACAAAACUUAUAUGAAGUUUAUGAAGUGCAGAACACGUGUACAAAGAAUCCAUUGAUAUGUGAACAUGGAAGUGUGUGUAUUCCAAACUUCAACAACAACACCUACUAUUGUCGCUGGUGUUUUCCACCUUACUAUGGUAAACAUUGCAAUUUGACAGCUGAAGAAGUGCACAACAAAACCAUUCCUGAAGACAUCCGAACUGGCAAGAAUGUUUCUUGUAAAAGUUUGAGAAAAAAUUUUGGUGUUAAGUCAUAUGGUGUUUAUGAUACCUAUCCCUGGCGCGAUUGGAGAAAGGUGACCGUUACGUGCUCGGGAGGUUAUACUAUGAUAACAAGAAUAUCUGCUGAUGUGAACGGUACAAUCAAUCACACUAUAUCGACUAUCACGCAACUUUCGGAUAUGCAAGGAGAGAGAUUUAGAUUUAGUACAACUGCAUUAAAUGUUCUUUAUAAACUUAUUCGUUAUAUUUUUACCUGAGCUGCAGAAAUAACGGUGUCAGAAAAACUGUAAUGACAAAUCUUGUUACAACUGCAGCAAGAAAAAAAGUGUUAAAAUAUUUUAUCGGGGAAUCAGAUCACCUGCCGGAUUCUUGUACGACAUUUAAAAGCGACGAUGUAACUUGCGAGGAAAUGGAAAAUAAAAAAUGGUCGAAGGAAGGUGUCCCAUUUGAAUCCAGAAUAUGCAAUCAAGUUAUCCGAUUUGCAUCAGAUGUAACGAAAGGAUAUAGUGUGGAAGACCAUCAGUAUGGAUGCUUUGGUCAGAUAGGUGAAUACAACACUGGUUUGAGUUUUGAUAUAUGGGUCAUUUAAUUAUAAUCAGAUCAGUUGAAUAAUAUACUUGUGACAACAUGUCAUUGUUAGGUUAUUUAUAUUGUUUAAUCGAUUGAAUCGUAAUUAAUAUGUAUAUAUAGAUAAUUCUGCACAUCAAGGCUGGUAACUGCAAACGCAAUGUAAUUUUGACAAAUAAGACGAA